AUGGACUGGCUCAAGAAGACGAAGGCCAAGGUCACGGAGAAGGUCGCCAAGCACCAGCAGGAAGCGAAGAUCAAGAAGCAGACCUUCAAGGGUCCGGGCUACUCGCUCCAGGAUCCGCCGCCCGCGCCCGGGCCCUCGGCGGCAGCAGCGCCGCCGCCGCCGCCGCCGCCGAAGCGGUCGGCCAACGUGACGGACGAAGAGCGUGCGCUUCGCCGAGCGCAGCAGGCAGCAGCGGCGCAGCGGCGCGAGUUACCAGCGCCCAAGAAGCGCACGACCUUCAGCACCGAAAACGACGACGACGGCGACGACGAAGAUGACGCGGUGCGAUCCGAAGCCUUUGAGGCCGCCAAGAUGCUAGAGCAGCUCAAGAUCGCCGAGAGCGGCUUCAACCCGUACCAGGCGAUGAUUAGCAGCUCGACCGAGGGGCGUGGAGUCUCGGUGGGCGCGACCGAAGCCAAGCCGUCGCCGCCCAAGCCCAGCUCGCCCCACGACGAGCUCGUCCCGGCGGCUACAAAGUCAACUCUCGUCAAGCUACUUGAAAACAUCCUCUCGAAUCCCGACGACGUCAAGUACCAAAAGCUCCGCCUCUCGAACGCUCAGAUCCAAGCCAAGAUUGCCAGCGUGCCCAUGGCCAUGGAGCUGCUCGAGCAUGCCGGGUUUGAUCGCGUCGUGCUGGACGAUGGCGAAGACUAUCUCGUGCUCAAUGCGACGCGGACGUCCACGGAGCUCCUGCAACGGACCCUCGAGACGCUGGGGCAUACGAGCUAGACAGAUCAAAUCUUGAAAUCAAUUCGCAUCCUCCA